AAACUCACCAACGACAAGUAACAACACCGGAGUUACUAAUGGAACCACCAAAGUUCAAACACCCAAAGAAAAUUUCCUCCAUUAUUUGACUUUUUCCUUUCAUUUUUUCGCUCCCCUGAGCGGGUACAGGAACCCACAGAAACGUCCUCAAUUGUUCCAUAGCGCCACCCCGGAACUUUCCGUGGGGAUUGCCACGCCCAGACUAGUGCGCAAAGGUUGAAAAAGGCGGAAUCUUAUCGCCUCACAGGACGAUCGUCCCGCCCGUUGACAGAACAUCAUCCUGCAGGAGGGAUAGAUACCCUACGCGUCUACGCUCAUCUCGUGUUUCCAACCCCCCAAAAAUAGUUUGACCGCUCUUCCCUAGUCGCUGGCAGGCUAUCCGUCUCUCUUCUCCUCCGUUAUAGUCGCCAUGGCCGAACGUAUCCUCAUGAACGAGUACAAGACCCUCGCCAAGGAGCCAUGGGUCAAUAUCGAGCUCGAGAACGAAGACAUCUUCAGGUGGACCAUCGGCUUAAUCGUCCUGAACCCCGACUCCUUGUACUACGGCGGCUAUUUCAAAGCGUCCAUGAAGUUCCCCAAGAACUAUCCUUUUUCGCCCCCAGAGUUCGCUUUUCGACGCCCCCUAUACCACCCCAACAUCUACCCCGACGGGAAACUUUGCAUCUCGAUUCUCCACGCACCAGGCGAAGAUGAAAUGUCGGGCGAGCUGGCCUCGGAACGAUGGUCCCCUGCUCAACGUGUUGAAUCUGUCUUGAUCUCCAUCCUCUCGUUACUAGACGACGCGGAAGUGUCGUCCCCCGCCAACGUCGACGCCGGCGUGAUGUUACGAAAGGAACCCGAGGAAUACAAGUCGCGCGUCCGGAAGGACGUCGAGACUUCGAAGCAAGACAUACCCGAAGGCUUCGUCAUGCCGACCCAUCAACCGGCAACAGUUAAAGCCGUAGAGAAGGACGAUUCGGAUUUCUGGGCGGAGAGCGAUGCAGACGAUGACGUCUUCGGAGGAAGCGACUCGGACGAAGACAUGGACUUUGACGAUCAAGAUACUGGCAGUGAUGAUGAAGAGGAUGAGGAGGAGAAGAAGGAGCGGGCUUGACCCUGGGGCUCCUGUGUGUAUGAGAGACACUCACCUCUCUCACUCCUUUUUUUUUUUUUUUUUGCCGUCGGUCUUUCUUUUAUUUCGGGAUUUUGGCGUAGGACUUCGCAGGCGUUAAGUUCGUGGCAUAGCGUGGGCGCAGGGACGACCGAGCUGUAGCAUUUCUGGACAUAUCUACAAUAGCAUCAUCCCAUUCAAUCAAUCUGUUCAUAUGGAGAAGUUGUCACAGAAUCCCCAUGUAGUUUAGCCCCGUGGACUAGGUAGAUCGGGGUGAAACAAACCUAAGGAUAGUAGUACUGACGGUAGUAACGUUCAGUGAAGCCACCACUGAAAAGAGGAAAAGAAGACCAAG